AUGGUCAAGCUCGCGCGCGCCCUCGACUUCCCUCGAUCUGAAAUCUACUAUAAUGUCAUGGAGAAGAUGAAUUUUAAGAUCACGUACACCCUCCGUGCGAAGAGGGUGGAGAGGUGGAUCCGCGCCGUUAGGAGGGAUUUCCUCGACGCCGCGGAAAUCAAGGUCGUGGGCUUGGACUCCGAGUUCACCGACCCUCGCAAGGGUAACCAACGCGCCACCGUCCUGCAACUCUCCGUCGCGCAACACACUCUGGCGUUCCAUAGUAUGCAUGCCGAUGAAGUGCCACAAAUGCUCAUCGAUUUCCUUGCGGACAAGAACAUCAAAUUCUGUGGAGGGGCUAAUAAUAUUCCAUAUGAAUGCCGAUAA